CUUUGAGGAGGUUGACCCCAUAUUCACUCCAACUCAGAGGGUGGGAUCCCUCUGGAUCAAGUCUCGAGAUCUCUGCGUGAGGACCUACUUCUGGGAACAAGGUCUCUCCAGGUAACAAACAGAAGAAUCAGAAUUCUACAGAUCCAUUUCUUCUGCCAAUGAAAAGAACCACACGUGAAGGAGGAAAAAGGAAGAAGGGAAGACCACCAGGGAUAGGAGAAAGUUUUGAAAGUUUCUCAUGGUGUACUAGUCCGUCUUGGGGGGGUAGCAAAAACAGGAAUAUGAACAUUUCUUAUUGGUAGAAAUAUGUACCUCCAAUUUGAACAAAAAUAGCAGAGUCCACUUGCAGGUGAAACCUAAUCAAUGUAUGGAACAUGCAAAGAGUGUAGUCAAAUAUAAUAAUUAUGUUUCAUGUGGAAAACCCCUGAGAGGUAUAAAGGCCUGUGAUGUGGAGAAAAGUUUAGCCAAAGCCAAAUUUGGUUAACUUGAAAGAACUCACAAAAGGAUGAAAACACAUAAAUGCAUGGAAUGUGGAAAAAGCUUCAGUAUGACGAGCGCCCUAAGUAGACAUAAAAAAACUCACACAGGGGAGAAACCCUAUAAAUGCAUGGAAUGUGGAAAGAACUUCCGUCGCAGCAGUCACCUAAGUGCACAUCAAACAACUCACACCGGGGAAAAACCGUAUGAAUGCAUGGAAUGUGGAAAGACCUUCAGCAACAGCAGUAGCCUAUGUGGGCAUAGAAGAACUCACACAGGGGAGAAACCGUAUCAAUGCAUGGACUGCGGAAAGAGCUUCAGUCGCAGCAGUCACCUAAGUGCACAUCAGAGAACUCACACUGGGGAAAAACCGUAUGAAUGCAUGGAAUGUGGAAAGAGCUUCAUCAGUAACGGUAACCUUGGUUUGCAUCAAAGAAUUCACACUGGAGAAAAACCAUAUAAAUGUAUGGAAUGUGCUGAAUGCUUCCGUCACAGGAGUCACCUUAAGUCACAUGAAAGAACUCACACAGGGGAGAAACCCUAUAAAUGCAUGGAAUGUGGAACGUGCUUCAGUCAGAGCAAUCACCUAAGUUCACAUCAAAGAACGCACACAGGGGAGAAGCCAUACCAUUGCAUGGAAUGUGGAAAGAGCUUCAGUGAGAGCAGUAGCCUUAGUUCACAUCAAAGAAUCCACACAGGGGAGAAACCAUAUCAGUGUAUGAAAUGUGGAAGGAACUUCACUGAGAGCAGUAGCCUUCGUGUACAUCAAAGAACUCACACUGGGGAGAAACCACAUGAAUGCAUGGAAUGCGGAAAGAGUUUCAGUCACAGUGGUAGCUUUAGUUCACAUCAAAGAACUCACACAGGGGAGAAACCCUAUAAAUGUAUGGAGUGUGGGAAGAGCUUCCGUUACAGCAAUAACCUCAGUUCUCAUCAAAGAAUUCAUACUGGGGAGAAACCCUAUAAAUGUUUGGAGUGUGGGAAGAGCUUCAGGCAGAGCAGUAGCCUUCAUUCACAUCAAAGAACUCACAGAGAGAGAGAUUCAUAUCAAUGCAUGGAAUGUGGAAAGAGCUUCAGUCAAAUCAGUCACCUCAGUUCACAUCAAAGGACUCACACUGGAGAGAAGCCCUAUAAAUGCAUGGAAUGUGGAAAGUGUUUCAGUUUCAGUGGUAGCCUUAAUGUACAUCAAAAAACUCACACUGGAGAGAAACCAUAUCAAUGCAUCGAAUGUGGAAAGAGCUUCAGUCAAAGCAGUAACCUUAGAUCACAUCAAAUAACUCACACUGGAGAGAAGCCAUAUCAAUGCAUGGAAUGUGGAAAGUCAUUCAGACGAAGCAGUGAACUCAGUAUACAUCAAAGAAUUCACAAUGGAGAGAAGCCAUAUCAGUGCAUGGAAUGUGGAAAGAGCUUCAGUCAAAGCAGUAACCUUAGAUCACAUCAAAUAACUCACACUGGAGAGAAGCCAUAUCAAUGCAUGGAAUGUGGAAAGAGCUUCAAACGAAGUAGUGAACUCAGUACACAUCAAAGAACUCACACUGGAGAGAAGCCAUAUCAAUGUAUGGAAUGUGGAAAGUGCUUCAAACGAAGUAGUGAACUCAGUACACAUCAAAGAACUCACACUGGAGAGAAGCCAUAUCAAUGCACGGAAUGUGGAAAGAGCUUCAAUCAAAGCAGUCACCUUAGAUCACAUCAAGUAACUCACACUGGAGAGAAGCCAUAUCAAUGCUUGGAAUGUGGAAUGUGCUUCAAACGAAGCAUUGAACUCAGUUCACAUCAAAGAACUCACACUGAAGAGAAGCCAUAUCAAUGCAUGGUAUGUGGAAAGUCAUUCAGACGAAGCAGUGAACUCAGUACACAUCAAAGAACUCACACUGGAGAGAAGCCCUAUAAAUGCAUGGAAUGUGGAAAGAGCUUCAGUCAACAUAGUCACCUUAGAUCACAUCUAAGAACUCACACUGGGGAGCAACCCUAUCAAUGCAUGGAAUGUGGAAAGCGCUUCAGUCAAGGCCAACACCUCAGUACACAUCAAAGAACUCACACUGGGGAGAAGCCAUAUCAAUGCAUGAAAUGUGAAAAGAGCUUCAGUCAAAGCUGUGAACUCAGUACACAUCAAAGAACGCACACUGGAGAGAAGCCAUAUCAAUGCAUGGUAUGUGGAAAGUCCUUCAGACGAAGCUGUAAACUCAGUACACAUCAAAGAACUCACACUAGAGAGAAACCAUAUGAAUGCAUUGAAUGUGGAAAGAGCUUCAGUCAAAGUGGUCACCUUAGAUUACAUCAAAGAACCCACACUGGAGAGAAGCCAUAUCAAUGUAUGGAAUGUGGAAAGUGUUUCAAACGAAGUUGUGAACUCAGUAUACAUCAAAGAAGUCACACUGGGGAGAAGCCAUAUCAAUGCAUGGAAUGUGGAAAGAACUUCAGUGCCAGUAGUAACCUUAGAUUACAUCAAAGAACUCACACUGGAGAGAAGCCAUAUCAAUGCAUGGAAUGUGGAAAGAGCUUCAGUCAGAGCAGUAACCUGAGUUCACAUCAAAGAACUCACUUUGGGGAGAAGCCAUAAUGAGGCCUGGAAAGGGAGAAGUGCUUCAGUGACACUGGUGCCCUGAGAAGUAAAAGAAGAACUGAAUUUCAUGCUGUAUGUGAAGCUGGAGUGUCCUCUUCAGAGCACGAAGCCUGGGUAUGAUAAUAUGGAGGAUAGACUAUUAC